AAGCAGCAGAACUGCCGAUAGUGGAGCCGCAAGUUCAUCGACCCUUCCGCGGUUAGGGGACAGCGACGGGUUUCCCCGCAGGGAUGCGACGGCACCAGGGCAGAUCCGGCUCGGGUCAGUUUACCCCAGCCAGGCCAUCGAUCAGUGACGGAGACCGAGGAAUGCCUCGGCAAACCGAACCCCACACAUAAUAACGGUUGCGACCACGCUGCCAUCUUGUCGCUUUCCAACGCCGACGUCGCCCUUUAUAUUUGACGAGGUACCAGUUUGUCGAUCUUUGCGCCGUCUACGACCGACAACGUCCCCGACCAAACACACCACUUUCCAACCCCAUACCACCUGCAGACCGCAACAAUGGCCGUCGAACGCCUCGGAUCCAUUCUCAAGCACCUCUCUCCGAGCAACUCGCUCUCGCAUAUCACCUCCAAGAAUGCCGACGACAUCGUCAUUACCCUCGCCGUCCGAACGCCCCUGACGAAAGCGAGGAAGGGCGGGCUGAAAGACAGCAGUCUCGAGUACAUAUCUUUCGCGCUCCUCGACGAAGUGCGCAAACGGAGCAAUAUCGACCCCGGGCUCGUUGAAGACAUCUGCCUCGGAAAUGUUUCCGACGGCAAGGCCGCCUACAAGUUGCGCGCCUCGGCGCUAGCCGCUGGGUUCCCCAACACGACGGCCUGUUCUAGCCUGAACCGUUUCUGCUCCUCCGGCCUCAAGGCUGUGGCCGAUGUCGCCCACGCCAUUGAAAGCGGAUCCAUCGAGAUCGGCAUUGCCAUCGGCGUCGAGCAGAUGACGGUCGGCGGAGACGCCCUCGAGAAACCCUUCGAUGAGAAGGUCACCAGCCGGUCGCAGGAGUCUAGCGACUGCAUGCAGCCCAUGGGCUGGACGAGUGAGAACGUCAGCCGCGACUUCGGCAUCACCCGCGAAGAGAUGGACAAGUACGCCGCCGAGAGCUUCCGCCGCGCCGAGCAAGCGCAAAAGGACGGCCUGUUUGACGACGAGAUCGUGCCCAUCAGGACCACUUUCCAGGGCCCCGAUGGCCAGUGGAAGGAGAUCACUGUUUCCAAGGACGACGGCAUCCGGCCCGGCACUACCGCCGAAAGCCUCUCCAAGAUCCGCGUCGCCUUCCCGCAGUGGGGUCCCACCACCACCGGCGGCAACGCCAGCCAGGUUACCGACGGAGCCGCCGCCAUCCUCCUGAUGAAGCGGUCCACGGCCAUCAAGCUGGGCCAGCCGAUCAUGGCCAAGUACGUCGGCUCGACCGUGGCCGGCCUGGCGCCGCGCAUCAUGGGCAUCGGCCCGACCGUGGCCAUCCCCAAGCUGCUCGCGCAGCACGGCAUCGCGCUCGCCGACGUCGACGUCGUCGAGGUCAACGAGGCCUUUGCCAGCAUGGCCGUCUACUGCCGCGACACCCUCGGCCUGGACUGGGCCAAGAUGAACCCCCGCGGCGGCGCCAUCGCGCUGGGCCACCCGCUCGGAGCCACCGGCGCCCGCCAGAUCGUGACUGGCCUGAGCGAGUGCCGGAAGAGCGGCAAAAAGAUCUUGUUGACGAGCAUGUGCAUCGGCACGGGGAUGGGCAUGGCCGGUCUGUUUGUGAACGAGCAAUGAGCGGCGGGGAGAGGGGGAUGAUGGGAUGAAAACUGCUGUGUGUAAUGUGUAUACAAUUUUGGCGCAAUAUUGGCUCGCAUUUUGUGGAAUAGACGAUUCCCUUGACAC